UUUAAUUUUCCCCCUCUGUUUAAAUUAGUCUAAAUUUGAAGAGCAGUGUCGUAAAAUUUUAAAUUACAGUCAAGAAUAAGUUUCAUGGAGAAAAAGAUAUUAUUUUAGAUGUUUGGUAUCUGUUUAGCAAAAUGAAUCAGCCUCGUUCUGUAUAUAAGAAUGAUUUUUGUGCGUAUGAUUGGUUGGAGAAUAACAUUACUCCAGAUCCAGAUGAAUUUUGUACUCCAGAUAAUGUUGAUGAUUGCUUAAAAUAUGUCUCUCGGGAAUUUAGUGCCUUAGGAUAUCCAUCCAUAUACUCAAAUACAAGUUCUUGCCCUUUUUCUGUAAACUGUGAUAUUGUGAACUUUUUGAAUGGUACUUUUGAACUGUUAAGAAGUUGCACUGAGCAUGUACAGACCAAAGAAGUUCUUGAGAACAGAAAUCAUUGCUUAUCUGCUGAUAUCAAAGCACUUUGCAAGAAAAACUCUCAGCUUAAAAAUAGUUUAGAUCAAAGUGCAAGAAAAUAUGGCUCUGCAUUAGAAAAGGAGAGACAAUUAAAAGAAAGAAAUGAUCAACUUUUGCAACAGUUGAAGUAUGAGAAAAAUGAAGUAAGGAAGGUGGUGGCCCAAAUGCAACAGCAAAAAAUUGCCUAUGAACAUGAAAUUAGGAAGCAAGAAAAUUAUGUGAAUCAGAUGAAGUCAAGAAUGAAUCAACUUCUGGCUAACAGAAAUGCAGAAAAGAAAACUGCAAGUAUUAUUUCACCGAAUUUGCCUAAAAGUGAUAAGCAAAGAGGAAAAUGGAAAACAGAAUCUGCUGCAAAGUCGUGUUUAGAAGAAAUGUAUAAUUCUGUGAUAUCUAGCUAUGAAAAUCGUGUUAAAGAAAUGUUGAAAGAAAUCAAAGAAUAUCACCAUUGCCUGGAAUAUAUUCGAUCUGAGAUGCGAGGAAUUAUUUCUUCAGUAAAGAUUGACAAAAAUGAGAUUCAUGAAUGUGCUGACAUUAAUCAUAAUGGUCAACCAUUUUCAGAGGAAAACUUUAAGAUACUAUUGUCUAGAAUCAAGGAAAUAAUUUCUCAGAAUGUUAACCCCUGCAUGAAAGAGAGCUGUGAAGUAAAUGCCCUGGAUUCUGCAUUAUUCAAUAAAGAAUCAGAGAAGAUUGAAAGAAGUAAGGAAGAAAUAAACGAUAAGAAUUUUGAAAGUGCCAGUGAAAAUAAAGUUUUGAAAAUGGAACCUGCUAAUCAGAUGACUCGAGUACAUUUUUCUACAGAUACUGAAGAAACUGUUAUGGCAAUGCAAAAAUUGGAAGUCAUUAAAUUUGCAAUGCAACGGAAGGUUACAAAUCCAUGGCUUAAAGACUUUAGUACCUCGAUACCUUCAUUUGCUGUGAUAACAACCAAAGAAGGCAUAAAUGCUGUACCAACUGCCAAACAAUUAGAAGCUUGCUUAAAUGCACCAGAUGAAGUUCCAAAGUGUUUAGUCCCAUUAGGUGAAAUGAAAAGUUUUAGCCCUACUAACUGUCUUAGUUUACUGACUGAGAACAUACUGCCAAUUACAGAUCCUUCUACCUUUACACCAUUGCAAAGUACAGAAAAUUUACAGGCUGAGAACUUACUAUCAGUUGCAAAUCCUUCUACUUUCUCUCCGUUGCAGAGUACAGAAAAUGUACACACUGAGAACUUACUACCAGUUACAAAUCCUUCUGUCUUUUCACCACUGCAAAAUAUAGAAACUAUGCCUGAUAAAUUUAAUAAUCCAGAAUUACCCAAGUGGGCUAUUGUUUCAGCAAGUCAACAAACUCUUAUUGCAGUAGACAAUGGUGACGAAAACUCAGAAAUGCAUUUAACUUCCAAUACUAGUAGUUGUGAAUCAGUUAUUGAUAAUUCACUGGAUGAAAGUGAGCUGUCUCUUGUAUCAUUCACUGAAGAACAAAAUUUAGCUCUCCUUAGAGCUGCAGUUCAUGACAUGGAGCAGAGGCGAAAUUGUUUGAAAUUAUAAUCCAGAUUUUAUUGACUAUAUUAUAAUUUGAAGUUUAUACUUUGUGUAAAUUUUAUUGGUUAUAAUUGUAUGUCAUUUAUAAAACAAUUAGUGUUAAAUUAAUCACAUAGCAUGUGAAUUUUUCUGAUUUGGUUUUUAACGAAUCUCUUAAUAUAUUAAAAUUUUUUAUGAUUAUUUGUUACUUUAUUUUAAGUUGAUCACAUGUGCUUAUUUUUUAUUUAUUUUGUGACCUUAGCAAAUUCAGUAUUAAUUUUAAAAAGUGGUUAUUAGUUGAAAAGAGAAAGAUUUUUUUUUAAUUGUAAAACUGAUUGACAACUGUAUGUGUGUGAAAAGUCAGUCCUAUUGCUGAUAUAAUAUGCUGAAGUUUUUAAUUUUUUAGUGUGUUUAGAAUAUUACAUGGUAGCAUUCAUAUGUUUAUUGUACUUUUAACAGUAAUCUAAAAAAAAAAAAAAAAAAAUGUCCAAUUUCAUGUAGUAUUAAAAUAAGAAUUUGGAAGAUUUUAUAAGAAACUUGCACAUAAUAGUAAAAUUUUGUUUUAGUUAAAUUUAUUAAAAUUCUCAAAAAUAAAAUUUAAUUUAAAUGACAUACCCUAAUAAGCAUAAAUUUAUUGUAUCUUAAUGGAAAAUAUGCAUAUCAGUAUGGUUUAAGUAUUGUUUUUACUUAAUACUAGUUGAGAUAACGAAUUUCUCAACGGUUUUUUGGUAUUUUUCCCUUUUUUUAAGUAUUGUAAUUUUGCUGCAAUUAUUUUUGCAUUAUUUUAAUUUAUGUAUGAUAUACUGUGGAAGUCCAGUUGAUAUGCAAACUACAAAUAUUACAUUAUUUAUUUAAAAAUAAAUAAUAACUCUGUAUAUUACAUCAACAGUUUUCCUGUUUCCAUUUUGGAAAUUAAGUUCUUUUAUUACCUUGUGUAUAUUGUUCGAAUUAUUUGCAAGUGGACUUCAGAUUUCUUAAAUCAUGAUUGAUAAUAUUUGGCAUUUUAAAGGCGAACUAAAGAUCUACAGUUUUAAUAUAAAUUUCAUAGUAGUAUCAGGCUGUACCACCAAAAUAACUAAAAUAUAUUCAUUAAUAUAGUAAUUAAUAAGUAUUGUAGGUUAUUUUAAAAUUCUUCUAAUCGAAUGAUAUUUUGAACAAUAGUAAACAUAUGUGGGCAAAGAAGAAUGCAUUUUUCUUCUAAUCUGAAACUGUGUUUGUACUGUUGUUAAAUGAAUAUAGCUUUGUACUUAAAAUUUCUCCUAGAAAAAGUUGAUCUUGUCAAGAGAAAAAUAUUCUCUAAUUUGAAACAAAAAGGUUUUUACAGUUUAUGGCUUGCUGCUAAAGGCAUUAUUUUCUACCUGUCAAACAGUCUGCUAUGAUGAUUUAAUUUGAUGACCACAGAAUUAAAACAGGAUCAGAGGCCUGUUUUAUUAAAAAGCAUGUAAAAUUUCUGAAUUUCAUGUGUGUGUGUUUUGUGUUGAUAAAAAAUCGAGUAAAUAUGAAAGAAUCUGAUUUAAUUUUAUUUUAAAUCUGUUUUUUAAAAAAUUGUUUAAUAAUUACUUGAUUGAUCUAUUCACAGUAGCAUUUACCAAUAUUACUUUCUUAUUGAUGUGGCAUAUAAUGUAAUGAAACUACUCUAGGUAUUGUUAUAUUUAAAAUUUUGAGGUAGAAUCCUGAACUAUUCAAACCAUGUAUUAUUACUUAGUGCAUACAAUCAUGUAUUAAAAGCACUUUGCAUCAAGUGAUUAGCUUAGAAAAACUGUUAAUUCACAUUUGUAUUUUGCCAAGUAUGAUUUUGUAAAAUAGAUUGUCUUUUAUAAUUUUUGUUACUUUUUAUUUUAAUAUUAUUUCUUCAGGUAAAUUACAAUUAGAUGCAUUUUGUUUCAUACAAAUUUGGUAUAUGCUGUUGAUAUUAAGCAGGGAGACUGAAGCAGAAUUUUUUCAGUGAAUAAAUUUUUAGAAAUCCAAAAAUAUUGAUAACUAUUUAUUUUAAUACUUUUGAAUCAAAUAUGUGAUAGGUAAGUCCAACACUAAUCCUCUUUAUGUAUGGAAACUAAUCUGCAUUAAUAAAAUUGCUAAGUGUUUCUCAACAAGUUAAAAAGGAGUUACUUUUAAAAUGUGAAAAAAUAUUUUGAAAUAAAUUGUUUCAAUGUUAAUUUUUCAAAAAGAUUUGUGUUGUAAUGUUGAAUUAUAAUUUUGAAUCUUCGUGCCAUCUAUCAACAUAUUUUUUAUUGGGAAAAAUAAAUAAAUAAAUUAAAAAAAUCUGCAAGUUUAAGGGUUUCAUAUUAUGCUCAAAGAGGCAUUUUAUUUUCAUUUACACAUGCAUACAUGUUUCUAGAGCAGUGGUUCUCAACCUUUUGACUAAUGUGUACCAUCUAAUCCAAAAUUAAAAAACUUAAGUACCACAUUUACAACCACAUUUUACAAUGACUAUCUUUCACCUUCUCAAUAGUAAUAUUAAAAAAUUAUAUUUUGCCAUUUCAACAGCCAAUUGGCUAUUUGUAUUAAAUAUGCAUAUAUUAAAAUAUUAGAUUAAAAAUUAGUUACUAUUUUAAUUAUCAAAAUUUAAGUUAUUCUAAAAUUUAGUAUAAAUUUUACUGUGAGAAUUAGUUAAUUAUAUAUAGAACUAUAGUGUGAAUAGUUCUAAAAUUUAAUGUGAAAUUUGGGGCUCUUUAAAAGAGAGUAAUUAAUUUAUUCCUGGUCUUAUUUUAUAUAACUUUAACUGCAAAUUAGGAUCCACUUUUAAAUUUGUUCUGUAUUUAUUUUUCAAAUAUAACAUGGAAGAAAACCCUUGUUCACACAUAUAAGUUGUGCAAAAAGGCAAUAAAAAUUUUAUAGCUUUAUUUGAAACGGGUUUAAAUUCUUUUUUUCAGUUCAGCCAAAAGUUAACAAAUGUGUUAUUUUUGAAAUCUUCAGUUAGAGUUCAAUCGCAGAAAAUUUCUAUCAGUUGUUCUUUUUCUUAAGAAGAUUUUGAGCCCACCAGCGGCCGAGCGGUAAAGUCGCUGAACACUGGUAGUUUGGUCCGAGGUUCGAAUCCCGCCAACGGGCUGGCUGCAUGGGUGUUUUCGUGGUUUUCCCCAUGUGUAACAUAUAUACGAGCCAGUUUCCCUUAGAAAGUCCUCCACGAAGGCAUCCCUCCCCUUAGGCAGAUAGCCCUCGUGUGCUUUGCCAUAAUUAAGUACACCACCAAACACACCAAACUUAAGAAGAUUUUUGAAUUUAGUUGUUAAAAAUACUUUGUUUCUUUGUGUACCACCUGUUUUUAUCUUGCAUACCACCAGUAGUAUGCUUACCACCGGGUUGAGAAUCGCUGUUCUAGAGCAUUUGGGCUAAAAAUGUUUAAAAAACAGCAUAUCUUUAGAAUUUCCAGUAGACAGUGUCAUGUGCGGAAUAUAAAAAUGUUUUAUUCCAUUCAGUGUUGUCAUUGCUAGGUUUGAAAUCAUUUGUCUUCUUAAUCAAAAAUUCUUUGAAUUUUUACAAAAUAUGAAAUAGAUAAUAAAACAAAUUCAAAAUUUGGGUUUCCAUGUGACCAUAUUCAAGUGGAUGAUAUGUUAUUCAAAAUUUGAUGGCUGUAAGUACAGUUGUUUUUUAACAGUGCAAGAAACAUACAUACAUUCAUACUAGAGUCUUCAUUAUUUAAUUUCUUUAAAUAUAAUACAGGGCAAUAAUAUUUGGUGGCAACAAUUUGAAAAGUGAUUCAACUUUUAAUGCUAUCUCAUGAUUGAUAAUAUGGGCUAAUGCCCCCUUUGGGUUGAUAAGAAAAAGAUUAUUUUAAGACAGAAAACAUAAAUAAUAAUGUUGGUACUAAUUAUUUAGCACUUUUACGUGUGUUUUAAAUUUUUUAAAAGUAAAAUUUAGUAAUUAUUUUAAACUGUAUGUCAUUAAAACUGCAGUGUCAUGAAAGCCAAAAGGUAAUAAAACCAUAUUUAUUUUACAAGUACCCUACAAUGCAAAAAAAUUCAGGACAGUUCAGAUACAAAUAAAUUUCAUAUAUUCAGAAAUUUUAGCCAUACAGAAGAAAUCAGUAUUGCGUGUAGCCACUAUAGGCAAGAACUGCUGCAGCUACACAGACAUGCAGUGGAAUUAAUUCUGGUUGGCAGCUUAGCAUACUGCAGUCCAUGAGAUUUCAAUUCUUUGCUAGAUUUCAUUUAUUGUAGCUGCUACUGUUCAUUGUUUUAUCCAUCUCUUUGUUGCUCUGAACAAGGUGUAUUUUAAUCAUUAAAAGUUUGGCAAAUAUGCUGACUAAGCUAGAAAUAUGUGUACCCUGUCUGUCAGGGAAAUAAUGAGUGUGGUAUGUAGUUGAGCAUUCUUCUUAAUUAGGUGGAUCUUAAAAUAUGAGAUAACCACAGGCUGUAACACUAUAAUGUAGUGCUGACUGCUCAGAAUAUCAGAUGUAUGAGGUCAUAGUCAUUAGCACCUUAAAAUAAAAUUCUGGGUUGGUAUAAUAAUGCAUAAUACAAGACACCACGAAUCAAUCUCUUCAGUUCUGUCACCAGUAGCCAUGACCAUCAUAAUGCUGCACGCAGAAGUGUGAUUUGUAUGAAAAGCUCAGGUCAUACCAUUCAUGAACCAGUGUGUAUAAUUCAAAGCACCAUUCUAAUUAGAUACCUAUGGUGUGAAGUGAUAGGUAGGCAAAGCAAUGAUCAUCUUGGAAAUAGUUCACAAUGCUGCAGAUGGCAUUGCACUGUAUGUAUGAAUACUUUUUCUGUGCCACAUGUCUUCAUUCUUUGAGGUAUGGUGUACAUCAGGGGUUCCCAACCCUAUGCCCGCGGUCACCAUGGUGCCUGCCGAACAUUUAACAUGUGCCUGCUGCUGUGCGAACACAAUAAAAAUGUUUUAGCUUUCAAUAAAAUUCUAUGUGAAAGUUUUCUCAUUGAUACCAGCACAAAGCCAAAUGUGACCGAUUUCUUUUUUAUAUGUGCAUGUAUUAUUAACUCUGUCUAACUGUAAAUUCACCUUGAAAAAGUAAAUACUGUCCACUGUCCAACAAAUAUUCUAGAAUGUGCUCUGGGACAAAACGUUUGGGAACCCUUGGUGUACAUAGCUGCCUAUUCUCCUAAGAGACUCCCAGUUUUUUUGUCACGUCUUCAGGUACAUCAUCAAUCUCCCAGGUUUUGAUCUUUUAACCUUUAUUAAGGAAAAUGUUGAAAUUUUUUAAUUAAAAAUUAUGUAAAUUUUAUACUCUCACUCUUAGUGAUUUGCAAAAUAAUUUUAUCUGAAUUUUAUUUACUUUUUUCUUAUUACAUUUUACUGACCUUUU